CAAUAUAGAUGAUUUACAUUCAAAUGUUUUUUGAUCCCAUUUAUUAUUAUUUUUAGAUAGAAGUAGAACAGAAGAACCGAUCCCAACCAAUUUUGGGGCAACUAAUUCAUGGAACCUGGAACCAGCUGUUCCAGUAUCCCUCCAAGGCUCCAAUCCUCCAUGUCCAUGCCUAAGGAUUAGGAGGCGAGACUCUCACGUGCGGUUGCUUUGAGAACUAGAAGGGUGCGAUACCACCACCUAUCAGGCCGGACGAGCGGUCCACGGAGCUGCAUCUCUACUCACCUGCUCUAUGCACAUCGCUCUCUCCAGCUGGUUUGCCGCCUAUCCUAGAUCUUCCCAUUUCCAUCAAGACCCCGGGUUCAAUCUGGUUUAGUUUAGUAUAAAGCUCUGUAGUGAUCGGUGCUCAUUGAAUUUAAGAAUGGAGUCAAAGCGGCAGGUAUUCUCGGUAGAUCUUCUCGAAAGGUACGCUACAAAGGGGCGUGGAGAGAUUACCUGUAUGGCUGCGGGAAACGAUGUCACUGUUUUGGGUACCAGCAAAGGAUGGGUGAUCAGACAUGAUUUUGGAGUCGGCAAUUCUGAUGAUAUUGAUCUUUGUGCCGGUAGACCAGGGGAACAGUCUAUUCAUAAAGUUUUUCUUGAUCCUGGAGGUAGUCACUGUAUUGCCACAGUUGUUGGCAGUGGAGGUGCUGAUACAUAUUACAUGCAUGCAAAAUGGGCUAAACCUCGCAUUUUUAGCAAAUUGAAAGGGUCUCUUGUGAAUGCUGUUGCUUGGAACCGACAGCAAAUUACUGAAGCUUCAACAAAGGAAGUCAUUAUUGGGACAGAUAGCGGCCAACUUUAUGAGGUGUAUGUAGAUGCGAAAGAUAAGAUGGAGAAACACAUAAAGUUGCUAUUUGAUCUCAAGGAACUACCUGAGUCUUUCAUGGGUUUGCAGAUGGAAACAGCUAGUGUAAACAAUGGAACUAGAUAUUAUGUGAUGGCUGUUACUCCCACACGCUUGUAUUCUUUCACCGGGAUUGGUUCACUAGAGUCUGUUUUUGCUAGUUACGUGGACCGCACAGUUCAUUUUAUGGAACUUCCAGGAGAAAUACCAAACAGUGAACUGCACUUCUUUAUAAAGCAAAGGAGAGCUGUGCAUUUUGCUUGGCUUUCAGGUGCUGGAAUUUACCAUGGUGACCUAAACUUUGGUGCACAUCACAGCUCACCUAGUGGGGAUGAAAACUUUGUGGAAAAUAAAGCUCUUUUGGACUAUUUGAAUCUAUUAGAAGGGACUGAAUCUGUUAAACCAAGUUCAAUGGCGGUGUCUGAGUUUCAUUUUCUUCUCCUUAUCGGAAACAAAGUAAAGAUAGUGAACCGGAUUAGUAAGCAGAUCGUAGAAGAACUUUUUUUUGAUCAAACACGUGAUGCAGUUUCAACAGGAAUUAGUGGAUUAUGCAGUGAUGCAUCUGCUGGGCUGUUUUAUGCUUAUGACCAAAACUCUAUCUUCCAGGUGUCUGUUAAUGAUGAAGCCCGGGAUAUGUGGAAGGUAUACAUGGACUUGAAGGAAUAUGCUGCAGCAUUGGCUAUUUGUAAUGAUCACCUGCAGAGGGAUCAAGUCUAUCUUGUGCAGGCCGAAUCUGCUUUUUCUGCAAAGGACUUCAUGCGAGCAGCAUACUUUUAUGCCAAAAUUACUUAUGUGUUAUCAUUUGAAGAGAUAACACUGAAGUUUAUUAGCAUGGGUGAACAGGAUGCUCUAAGAACCUUUCUUUUGCGUAAGCUUGACAGUCUUGCUAAAGAUGACAAGUGUCAAAUUACAAUGAUUUCUACAUGGGCUACUGAACUAUAUUUGGAUAAGAUCAAUAGGUUACUUUUAGAAGAUGAGUGUGUUUCAGAGACUCGCAACUCAGAAUUUGAAUCUAUAAUUAUGGAGUUUCGUGCAUUUCUAAGUGAUUGCAAGGAUGUAUUAGACGAAGCGACAACCUUGAAGUUACUUGAAAGCUAUGCUAGAGUAGAUGAAUUGGUCUUUUUUGCUGGCCUGAAGGAGCAAUAUGAGAUUGUCAUUCACCAUUAUAUUCAGCAAGGAGAAGCAAAGAAAGCCCUACAAGUCCUUCAGAAGCCUAAUGUCUCUAUAGAUCUUCAGUACAAGUUUGCACCUGACCUUAUCAUGCUUGAUGCAUAUGAAACUAUUGAGUCAUGGAUGACAACAAAAAAUUUGAAUCCAAGAAAACUCAUUCCUGCCAUGAUGCGUUAUUCAAGUGAACCACAUGCAAUGAACGAAACACACGAAGUUAUAAAAUAUCUGGAGUAUUGUGUGCACCGACUACAGAAUGAGGAUCCUGGUGUGCAUAACCUGCUACUUUCACUAUAUGCGAAAAAGGAGGACGAGAGUGCUCUCCUGCGUUUCCUGCAAUGCAAGUUUGGGAGGGGUCGGCCAGGUGGCCCUGAAUUUUAUUAUGAACCCAAAUAUGCCUUGCGUCUCUGCCUCAAGGAAAAGCGGAUGCGUGCUUGUGUACACAUCUACAGCAUGAUGUCUAUGCAUGAAGAAGCAGUUUCCCUUGCUUUACAGGUAGAUCCAGACCUUGCUAUGGCUGAAGCAGACAAAGUUGAGGAUGAUGAAGACUUGAGAAAAAAACUUUGGCUUGUAAUUGCCAAGCAUGUCAUUGAGCAGGAAAAGGGCACAAAGAGAGAGAAUAUCCGGAAGGCGAUUGCAUUUCUCAAGGAAACUGAUGGAUUAUUGAAGAUUGAAGACAUCUUGCCCUUCUUUCCAGAUUUUGCUUUAAUAGAUGAUUUCAAAGAAGCAAUUUGCUCAUCAUUAGAUGACUACAAUGAGCAAAUUGAAAAAUUGAAGCAGGAGAUGAAUGAUGCAACACGAGGCGCUGACAACAUUAGAAAUGAUAUUAACGCUCUUGCUCAGAGAUAUGCUGUUAUUGAUCGUGAUGAGGAAUGUGGGGUUUGCAGGCGAAAGAUAUUAAAUAUGGGUGGUGAGUUCGGAAUGGCGAGGGGAUAUACAGCUGUUGGACCAAUGGCUCCUUUCUAUGUCUUUCCAUGCGGACACUCCUUCCAUGCCCACUGCCUGAUUGCACAUGUAACUAGGUGCACCACACCAUCGCAGGCCGAACACAUACUGGAUCUGCAGAAGCAGCUAACUUUGCUGGACAGUGAACCCAGGAAGGAGACAAACGGUGCUUUAUCUGAUGAUCAUCCAAUAGCUAGCUUGACACCCAUUGAAAAGAUUCGGUCACAGCUGGAUGAUGCCAUUGCUAGUGAAUGUCCAUAUUGUGGGGACUUGAUGAUCCGUGAGAUCUCUCUUCCAUUCAUCCUCCUACCUGAUGAAAUGCAAGAAGUCACAUCCUGGGAAAUAAUGCCACAGAACCCUGCAAAUCAGCCUCAGAGAGGCGUAUCUUUGACCGUGUGAUGUUUAAACCAACGCUCUUGAUCGCAUGGGGUAACAGGUACUGAUUCAGCUCGCUCUCUGGGUGCAAAAUGGAAAAUGCAAAAUAAAUUUCAUCUAAACGGCCUGUCAUAGACUCAUGGUACAUCAUAUUUUUUGUGGUCCAAAAUGGACUUGUGUUCGAAUACGGAUGUACCUUAUAUAACUUAGAGUUGUGUGUUCGAAUAUGGAUGUACCCCUAUAUAACUUGUAAUAAAACUUGUGCUUUAUCAAUUGUCUCACCAUUAGGCUAGGGUUGCCUUGCUGGUCGCCUUUGCUUGGUAUUUGAAUAGUCGUCUCACAUAUUCACUAGGAAGUUGUUAAAUAAUCAAAGUAACUUGGAUUUCGGAUUUCAGUACGUGAUUAAUCAAAGUAAUGCAGCUUCCUGGUCCAUAUUUUUGACAUAACUCGGGUGAUAAUAUUCAGUAUCUAAUUAUUAUUUCAAAUCAAAGUAACUUGGAUUUCGGAUUUCAGUACGUGAUUAUUCACUGUAAU